AUGGACGCGGGAUUCUUCCGUGGAACAAGCGCAGAACAGGACAAUCGGUUCAGCAAUAAACAGAAGAAGCUAUUGAAGCAGAUGAAGUUCGAAGAAUGUCUAGAAAAAAAGGUAGACAUGGGUAAAGUAAAUUUGGAAGUGAUAAAGCCUUGGAUUACUAAACGAAUAACAGAAAUUCUUGGAUUUGAGGAUGAUGUGAUAAUUGAAUUUAUAUUUAACCAGCUGGAAGUAAAGAAUCCAAAUUCUAAAGUGAUGCAGAUUAACCUGACUGGGUUCUUGAAUGGAAAAAAUGCUAGAGUAUUUAUGGGAGAGCUUUGGUUUCUGUUGUUAAGUGCACAGGAAAACAUUGCUGGGAUCCCUUCUGCUUUCUUGGAACAGAAGAGGGAGGAAAUAAAACAAAGACAGACUGAACAAGAAAAACUGGCAUCUAUGAAGAAACAAGAUGAAGACAAAGAUAAGAGGGACAAAGAAAAGGAGAGCAGCAGAGAAAAAAGGGAACGAUCCAGAAGCCCUAGAAGAUACAAGUCCAGAUCUCCUUCCCCUAGAAGACGAGCCUCCCCCGUCGGGAGAGAGAGAAAACGAAGUCAUUCUCGAUCUCCCAGUCACAGAACUAAGAGCCGAAGCCCCUCCCCUAUUCCAGAAAAGAAAGAAGAGAUCCCAGAUCUUCUGGAAACUUCAAUGAAGGCCAAAGAACCUUCAAUACAAGAGGCAACUUCUACUACUGACAUUCUGAAAUCUCCCGAACCCGAACCUAUACCAGAACCGAAGGAACUAUCAUCAGAAAACAAAUCAAAAAGGGAAAAAGGAAAGGGAAAAGCCUGCCCGAAGUCUCGAUCACGAUCUAAAUCCAGGUCAAGCAAACGUUCCCGGUUCCUUUCUCCUACUCGACCUAGGUGGCGCCAGAGAACACGAUCCAGGUCAUCUUCACCUAGAAGACGACCAAGUCCAAGAAGGCGACCGUCUCCUCGAAGAAGAACCCCACCAAGACGAAUGCUGCCUCCACCAAGGCAUAGAAGAAGCCCAUCUCCUGUGAGACGAAGGCGGCUCUCGUCAGCAUCUCCCUCUGGGAGCAGCAGUUCAUCAUCAUCUUCGUCCCGUUUCCGGUCACCUCCAAAGAAACCACCCAAAAGAAUCUCCAGCCCCUCUAGAAAAACUCGUAGACUCUCUCCAUCUUCAAGCCCACCACGGCGAAGGCAUCGGCCAUCACCGCCAACAAGCCCACUGCCAAAACCCCGUCGCUCACUAACACCCCAGCAGUCAAAUCGUAUGAGAAAAAGUCGUGGCUCUGUUUCUCCAGGGAGAACCUCGGGUAAAGCAACAAAACAUAAAGGGGCCGAGAGAAGGGAAUCACCUUCACCAGCGCCCAAACCUCGGGAAUCGGAAGAAGAUAAAAGUAGCAAAAAGGCAGCAGCUGGUUCCGUGCAACAGAGGCGGCAGUACCGGAGGCGGAACCUGCAGUAUUCUUCCGACUCUGACUCCUCUUCCUCGUCGUCCUCAAAAGACGAGCGAGCGAAGAGAUCAGACGUGAAAAAUGGAGAAGUGGGAAGGCGUGGAAGGCAUUUGACUUUCCGGAGUGCAUUCCCAUCGCCACGGAAACGCCAGACUCCUCGCAGCAGGAGAAGUCGUCCAUCACCACCACCACCUGCGAGACGACGGCGUUCCCCUUCUCCUUCGCCUCCACGCCGCCGGUCUCCCACGCCAACACCACGGCGCAGGACUCCUCCUCGCCCACGUCGACGCUCGCCUUCUCCAAGAAGAUACUCAUCUCCAAUACAGAGAAGAUACUCUCCUUCCCUGCCUCCUAAGAGGACAGCUUCCCCACCACGAAGGGCAUCGCCUUCACCUCCUCCAAAGCGACGGGUCUCCCAUCCGCCACUUCCGAAGCCAAGAAGUUCCCCUGUUAAAAGGAAACGUUCCCCUUCCUUAUCAUCUAAGCAUCGGAAAGGGUCCCCACCUAGACGAUCCACCCGAGAAACCCUGUCUCCUCCACCAAACAAACUGCAUUCAACUUCACCACGGCUUCGAGUUGCUUAUACCUCUGCAAGUCCUCCCCCACUCCGAAGAGGAGCUUCAUAUGCACCCCAAAGAAGGCAGUCCUCAUCACCAAGCUCUAGGCCUAUCAGAAGAGUCUCCAGAACCCCGGAACCCAGAAAGGCAAAAAGGGCUCCCUCACUAAGUCCCCAGUCUGUAAGAAGGGUCUCAUCCUUCAGAUCUGCCUGCACAUCUCCCGAGCCAGCAGCUAAAAAACACCAAGCACCUUCAUCCCGCACCCAUUCUCAGUCCCCAUCCACGAACUGGUCGCCAGCAACACCUGUCAAGAAGGCUAAAAGCCGCAGGCCAAGCCCAUCACCCGCCGGGAAUACAGACCAGGAGGAUGGUGAAAAGAAAAAGAAGAAAAAGGACAAGAAACACAAGAAGCACAAGAAGCACAAAAAACACAAGAAACACAAGAAGCACAAAAAAACAAAGGAGAAGGCUGAAGCAGCCGCUGCCCCAGGUGUUGCCCUGGCGUCUACCACCACCGACUUCAGUGCCUUUUCCCGAAGUUAUAAAUCCAGAGGUUCACCCCUGGUGCUGCAGCUGGACCACUGGUGUGGGGAUGAGAGAAGGGCUGCUAUCCCCUUCUCCCCCGACCCCUCCAAACCCAUUGUUAGCGAUCAGCAACACCCGGGUUUCCAUGUUGGGGUGGGGGAGGGGCUGGGAGAACCAGAGCUCACUUUCCAGGAUGCCAAGGUAGCCAAGGCAACCCUUGAAUUCAAGAUGGUGGCUGCUAGCUCAGAUAGGGUUACCUGGGUGCCUAAGCUGGGGAAGGAUGCCAGCAGUCAGCCCUACCACUAA